AUGGCGGCGCCCGCGCAUUCCAUACCGGUCAAUACGUCGGCCGAAGGCUUACCCUCCGCAACAGAUGGCACUGCACGCCGUCGGAGGCAGGCGACGACCCCGUUAGAUCGGCAGGGGCCCGCAGAUGGGCGCAAGUCUGGCCAUCUGCGCCAGAUCUCGAGGGACUCGCAUCAGCUGCGCCGCAAGAAACCACGCUCACUGCUGCGCCGCUUGAAGCGCCGCGCCAUCAAACACACCUGGUCCAUCCCUCUGCUGCUCCUCGUCGCCUUUGCAUCGCUGUACGCCAUCAAUCCAACUGAAUCCAAUGUCAUCCACCACUUCAUCUUCCUGUCCUACAAGCUGCCGACGGAGACCGGUGCCCGGCCCCAGUAUGGCAAGGGCCUGUGGGACAUCGCCUUCGUGGCCUUCUACACCGUUCUGCUCUCCUUCACACGCGAGUUCAUCAUGCAGGAGAUCCUGCGGCCUCUGGCUCGCGCCUCCAGCAUCAAGUCCAACGGCAAGCGCUUGCGCUUCAUGGAGCAGAUGUAUACCGCCAUCUACUUCGGCAUCGCCGGCCCCGCCGGCCUGUACGUGAUGCGCCAGACUCCCGUGUGGUACUUCAACACGAAAGCCAUGUACGAGGCGUUUCCGCACCGGACUCACUUCGCCGAGUUCAAAUGCUAUUAUUUAAUCCAAGCCGCGUACUGGGCGCAGCAGGCCAUCGUCAUGCUGCUCGGCAUGGAGAAACCUCGCAAGGACUUCAAGGAGCUGGUCGCGCACCAUAUCGUCACCCUGGCCCUCAUCGGCCUCAGCUACCGCUUCCACUUCACCUACAUGGGCAUCGCGGUCUAUAUCACCCACGACCUCAGCGACCUGUCCCUCGCCGUACGUUUUCCCCUUCCUUCCUUCCUUCCUUCCGUCCGUCCCAGUGCCCAUUGCCAACCCUCAUCCCCAAUCCCACCACUAACACCCUCCUCUGAGCGGGAUUUCCAGAUCUCCAAAUCCUUCCACUACCUCGACUCGGACCUCAUCGCGCCCUUCUACGCCCUCUCCGUCGUCUCUUGGAUCUACCUCCGCCACUAUCUGAAUCUCGGCAUCCUCUACUCGCUCCUGACCGAAUUCCGCACCGUCGGCCCCUACGAGCUCAACUGGGAGACGCAGCAGUAUAAAUGCUGGAUCUCGAACAUCAUCACCUUCGCCCUGCUGGCCAUGCUGCAGAGCCUGAAUCUCUUCUGGCUGUAUUGUCUUCUGCGCAGCGCGUGGAAAUUCGUCGCCUAUGGCGUCAAGAAGGACGAUCGCUCCGACGACGAGUCUGAGGUCGAAGAGCAGGCUGCGCGUGAGAAAACGGGCCGUCAGUAG